AUGAACGCUGCAUCCGAACAAGCUAUGCUGCAAAUUGCAGAAACUAUUGAGCGAGCGGUUGACGAUGAAAUGGAGCGUAUUGACAACAUGGAUGACGAAGAUCUCAUGGAGAUCCGUCGCAAAAGACUUAAGGCAUUAAAAGAAAUGGAACAACGCCGAGAUGCUUGGUUAAGAAAAGGACAUGGUCAACUUCAAGAAUUGACCGAUCCAAAGGAGUUUUUUCGAGCUGUAGAGCAAUCUGAGCGUGUUGUUGUCCAUUUUAUGAGAAGGGCUACAUCAAGGUGUAUGAUUAUUGAGCGACACUUAAGAGAAAUCGCUGCUCGCCAUUUUGAAACACGAUUUUGUUAUGUUGAUGUUGAAAGGAUACCUUCUCUGGCUGAAAGAUUUAAUGUAAUAAUGCUGCCAACAUUAAUGCUCAUUGAAGGCAAAAAAACGUUUCACAGUAUUAUUGGAUUUGAUGAAUUUGGCGGAACUGAUGAUUUUUCAACAGAAACUGUGAUACAAGUCCUUUCUGCUUAUGGUAUGCUAAAUGAGCGUGGUAUGUUUGCAGCUGAUCAGAGCGAUGACUAG